AUGCAACGUCGUCUGAACCUUAUCACAGCUCUUCUUGUCUUAGGUCAAACUAUUGGCAGGGGUAUGCCAGAUCGACCUUACGAUGAGCAUAGGGAACGGUACAGCUCCUCCACAGUGGGCUUGUUAAAGCUGUUGGAACUAGAGAUGCAGUUUAUAGAGAACCUGAAAAACUACACAGAUUUACUGUCCGCUAAAGCUAAUACUUUGCAAGAUCUUAUAGACUCUGUGGAUCGGGGAACGGAGAAAACCCUAACUGAACGCGAGAAAUACGUAUACAAUCCCUUGAAUGCCUUUGGACUGAUGAGACGCACGCAUCAGGAUUGGCCCAAAUGGCACCACUACAUAAAUACGACUGUGGGAAGGGUCGAGCUCCAAGCACUGGAUGAUAUUCUGGGCAAGGCACCGGACAGUCAGGAUAUGAAGGAGGCCCUGAUAGGUAUGAAUCGGAUAGAAAGGACCUAUGCUCUGGAAGCUAAAGACCUGGCCAAGGGUCGUCUGCUGGACAAGCAAUACGACAUUCAACUAUCCAUUCGGGACUGCCUGUCCCUUGGUCAGCACAAGUUCCAAGAAGGCGACUACUUCCGUGCUUCUAUGUGGUACCGAAUGGCAAUCAAACACCAGCCCGAACCGAAUGCUAAGGAAUUCAACACGAUUCUGGGGGAUCCACUCAAGGACUUGAAGCAGAACUAUGCCAAAGCCACCAUUAUACAUGGACUAAGCGCAGGAAAUCAAUCUCUGAGCAUCCAAAAGGUUCUGGAUAUAACAGAGGCAACGAUACAAAAGGCUAGUCCAGCAGAUCUGGAGGCAUUUAUAGCGGAGUUGCUGAAUCAAACAGAUGAUGAUAUGGCGAGAGAAAUGUCUGCCUUUGAGCCUUCACCCACCCCCUACGAAAUCGGUUGUCGCGGACUCUUCCCAAAGCGCACGAAUCUCGUCUGUCGAUACAACUUCACCACGACACCAUUCCUGAGACUAGCACCCCUUAAAAUGGAGGAAGUGAACCACGAUCCUUACAUCGUUUUGUACCACGAAGUUCUAUACGAUAGGGAGAUCGAGGAACUCAAGAAGCAGUCGAAGAAUAUGAUCAAUGGAUUUUCAGAGCCACAGCAGGAGAAUAAGAUCAGGGAGAUCAUAGCGCGUCAUGCUUGGUGGUGGGAGCAGACGACGACCAGGGCGCGCAUCUAUCAACGGAUCACAGACAUUACAGGCUUCCAAUUAUUUGUACAGGAGGAGCUAAAUGUCGCCAAUUACGGUCUAGGCACUAUAUUCGGGCCACACUACGACUACACGCCCGAAAAUUAUGAUAUUGGCUGGUUUAUGGGCGGUCCCUUGGGCACCAUACUCUUCUAUGCAGGCGAUCUGCAGCAAGGUGGGGCCACUAUCUUUCCAUUAAUCAAUAUCACUGUGUCUCCCAGAAAGGGUAGCGCCUUGCUCUGGUUUAAUUUAUACGAUGACGGCGAACCAGAUCCACGUACUCUGCACUCUUCAUGCCCUGUAAUCGAAGGGGAUAGAUGGACUCUCACCAAGUGGGUGCACUUGGUUCCUCAGAUGUUUAUCCUGCCCUGCCAGACAAGGAAAGUGUCUCAAAAAGUGUAA